AAAAGGAUCAAUUAACCACCUCCUUCAUCUAAUCAUCCUUGUAUAGUGUAAUCCUAGACGAUCAAAAUCUAUGACCUUAACUUCCCUUCAACAAUCGGUCCUUCAUAAUAUAUUCCAUACCCUUCCCGUUUCCAACAGAGAACACGGACGGGUACGAUCUUACAUAGAACGCACCGACACUGAUCAACAAGCACUAACUCGGGAGGCACAGAUCCAACGAACACCGUCGCCUAUCAUGACGUCUCCUGCCCCAGUGAUCUUCAUCUCCUUCAACAACCAGUUGGAUUGACAGAAGGAAUACCGAAGGAACACCCAAUCUCAUCCUCCACUCCAACUAGCUUCUAUGCCUAUACCACUCUGGCGAUCUUCUAACCUGCACUCACAGUUCACUCAACCGAACGCGGUUAUCAGUGGAGACAGCAGAAAAUGCAUCAAUCACAACCCCUCCCC